AUGAAAAUUGUCUCAGCACCAAGAGCAUUCGCUGCAGAUUCGUUUGAGCAGUUGAACUUGUCGUCCUUGAUGGUUCUUGCCGCCAUUGGAAUGACGCUCCAUUUUGAGUUGAAACCAGGUGUGCUUGCUGCAUUUUCGGAACUGCCUCCUUCAAUAGUUCAUUGCUCUCGCAUCUUUAGUCACUUAAGAGGCCAUCGCUCCAUGAUUUCGCCUUAUGCCUACGCGUGA